AUGUCUUCUACUGCGGCUACGCAUAAUAUUGUUAUUGUUGGCGGUGGUUAUGCCGGGGUCCGCCUAGCACAAGCACUCGAAAAACGGUUUUCUGGUAACGACGAAUACCGGGUUUUACUCAUUGACAAGAAAUCCUACUUUUACCACAUCAUCGCUGGUCCUCGUGCUGCUGUAGAACACAUCAACAACGUCAUCCCUUACACGCAUACAUUCAAGGACCAGGAAAAAAACCUUGUGGUACAAGCGAUGGUCGUGCGCCUUGAAAAAGACAAGCUGUAUCUUGAUAAACGAUUCGAAGGAUCCACUGAAUUACAGUUUGCUUAUACAGUACUUGCUACCGGUAUCCGUUACCCUACACCAUCCAUGCUUCGAGCACUCAACAUCGACGACGCUGCACAAGAACAACGUGAAAUUCAAAAUCUAGUCAAAGAAGCCCAUUCGAUUCUGAUCAUCGGUGGCGGGCCUACGGGUGUCGAAGUAGCAGGUGAAAUCCGGGAAAAAUACAGUGACAAGAAAAUCAUAUUGGCGCAUGAUCAAAAGCAGCUAUUGAACGAUGAUAUUCCCGCCUGGUCGCGCACACAAAUGUUACACAAAGUUAAAAAGAACAAUAUAGAGGUCCUAUUGGACGAUCCGGUCAUACUGCCUGCUGCUACAUCUAUCGAACAGACAAUCUAUAAGCCUGAAGAGCCGCUUACGACCCGUAAAGGUACUCGAUUACAAGUGGAUCUAGUCAUGUUGAUGUUUGGUAUGCGCGCAGAAACAGGAUGGCUUGAGGACACAUUGCCUUUGGCAUCCAAUGGCGGAUUCAUCAAGGUCAAGCCUACAUUACAAGUGGAUGCGCCCGGGUUCGACAAUGUUUAUGCUGCUGGCGAUGUGGCGGAUAUUGAUGAAUACAAGCUGGCUGGAAGGAGUAUGGGUCACACCCGUGUUAUUUGUGCAAACAUUAUGAAUUCAACAAAGGGCAAAGAACCAUCCAGGACAUACAAGGCGAACAACAAAUUUUUAAUGGGAAUCACAUUCGGCAAAAAACAAGGAUUUGUCUUUACACCAUUCGGGUCAUUGGGUGACUGGGCGAUUUCUUUUGCCAAAGGCAAAAAGUUAUCGACUAAACGUUUUUGGGGAAUGCUAAAUUUGACCGAGCCUUCCAAGUAA